AUGCCAGCAGUUCAAACAUUGAAUGAACAGGAAAGAGGAAAGGUUUCCUUUGUGAAUGGAAGCAGUUGUGAUUUAAUCGCAUUGACUGUUGCCAAAUUGUAUCAAGGAUUCAAUGGCAAAUGGGACUAUACCGGUAUCCAAGGUGCAAUCUCAAUCGUCUACCAUCGACUUGAAAAGGCACAUUACAUCAGAAUCGUUGACCUCCAAACGACCAAGACCAUAUUCGAACAAGAGAUCUAUGAAAGGUUUGAGUAUCAGAGACAGAGGGACUUCUUCCAUACGUUUGAGGGUGACAGUGCUGUCUUUGGACUCUCUUUCGUGAGUGUGGAAGAAGCAUUGGACUUCCAAACAAAGAUACUCAAUAUCAUUCCAAAGGUUAAGAUCCAACAACAGCAACAGCAACAGCAACAUCAAGCUUCUCAAUCAAAGAAGUCAAAGAGUGGAUUCUUGUCAAAGAUAUUACAUAAGAAUGAUAUUUCUUCCACAAAUGACAAACCAUUGGAUAUCUCUGCUCCAACUGGAUUCAGGCAUGAGGGCCAUAUAGGAAGGGGAGAGAAUGGUCCCGAGAUCAGGAACAUCCCUGAGACCUUUGUUACCAACAAGCCCAGUGCCAGAGUGCCACCUCCACCACCAAAGAUCCCACAGACUAUCUUGCAAUCGUCAUCAUCACCAGUGAUACAAUCGCAACCUCCUCUCCCCUCAAUCAAACCUCCAUUGCCAAAGGUGUUACAAGAGGAGACAAUGGGUCUUCAGAGUCUUCCGAGGCCAUUGAUGCCAAGUCCUACAGUGGUGGAGACUCUGGCAGCACCUUCUGAUAUUCCACCUCCACCACCUCGUCCUCCAAUUGCCAAUUGUGGAGCACCUAAGCCAAAGAUGCAGUUGCCAUCAAUCAAUGACGGUGUCGCUGUAUCAGCUCAGGCAGAGGCACCCGUUGGUCAAUCAAUGCCUCCUCCACCAGCUGAAGACAGUAGAGAUGCAGUCCUUGAGAGUUUGAGAAAACCAGUUACAUUGCGUCCAGUCGACACAACCAAGCCACUGCCAAACCCCAAGGUCCUUGUUGAGCCCGCCACCAAGACCAUGGCCGAGAUUCUCAUUGAUGCCAUGGAGGACAGACUAAAGCACAUGGGAGAGAUGCCCCCCCAUCACGAAGAGGAGGACGAGGAUGAUGAUGAUGAUGAGUGGAUCUACUAA